AUGCCCACAGGCUACAUCAGUGACUAUCUGAGCCCGUCGCCGUAUGACGUGGUGGUGGACAGCAACGCCACGGCCGCCGGCGUCCUCUCCUCCAAGGUGCCCUCGCCGAGCCACCACCCGGCCAUCCUCUACGACCGCCUGCAUGACACCGACUACGGCGGUCUCCACGGCGACUCGGACCAGCCCGACAGCCCGCGCUCCGAGGCGUCGUCCGAGUCGGUGGCGUCCGAGUCGGCGGCCAGCAGCGGCAGUGGCGGCGGCGGCGGCGGUGGCGGCGGCGGCUACAUCAACGGCGACGCGGCCGUCAGCGAUGGCUACGCCGUCGACGCCUUCUUCAUCACGGACGGGCGCUCGCGGCGGAAAGCGCUGGGGAACCCCCGUGGCGGCGGCGGCGGCGGCGGCAUCGAGGGCGGGGUCGGCGGCGCGGUCGGCGGGGGGGGCGGCGGCGGCGUCGGCGACAGCAUCCAGAGACACACGUGCGGCGAGUGCGGCAAGACGUACGCCACGUCCUCCAACCUGAGCCGCCACAAGCAGACGCACCGCAGCAUCGACAGCAAGAUGGCCAAGAAGUGCCCGACGUGCGGCAAGGUGUACGUGUCCAUGCCCGCCAUGGCCAUGCACCUGCUGACCCACGACCUCAAGCACAAGUGCGACGUGUGCAGCAAGGCGUUCAGCCGGCCGUGGCUCCUGCAGGGCCACAUGCGCUCGCACACGGGCGAGAAGCCAUUCGGCUGCGCGCACUGCGGGAAGGCGUUCGCCGACCGCUCCAACCUGCGCGCCCACAUGCAGACGCACUCGGCCUUCAAACACUACAAGUGCAAGCGCUGCGACAAGACGUUUGCGCUCAAGAGCUACCUGAACAAGCACUACGAGUCGGCGUGCUUCAAGGGGGCCUUCUCACCGCUCAGCUCUCUGGGGGACUGAUGGAGGUUUGUGGGUUUGUUUUUGUUGGGCGCUUUGGUUUUUUUCCCGAGGGUGUGCUUUUUCAGCUGACUUGCUGAUUACGCGUUGUAGGAAGGCUGUCUUUCAGAAGUCGCUAUGGUGUGAGUUAGAGACGUUACGGGCUAGUUGGUAUGUUUUACCCGCCUUUUUUGACGAAACAUGUAUGCACCGUUUAUCUCUAGCUGACUCCACCCAAUUGUUUUUAUAUUUUGAAUUAUCUCUGACAAUUUUGGAACCAAUCUCUCUUCUGGACUGUUUUGUAUGUCAAUGCCAAGAUGACACAAAAGCACAGCCCUCUGUUAUUUCUGACAGGCACAAUAUAUUCACAAAAUAUUCAUCAAAUCUUGUAAUUAGAUUUAACAGAACCUUUUUGAGAACAAAAUACUCACAUUAUGCUCUUUGAAAAAUGCUAUUGCCUGUUUCAAUUCUGCAAUAUAAAAUUGUAUACAAGGAUAUUAUGAAGCAUAAUUGGCUAAAGUCAACUAUAACAAGAUAAUUUGCAUUUGAGAUGUUAGCAUGAAUGGCUUUGACCAUUGACAUUUUGUUAUCGAGCCACCAAAAAGGCAAAAUAUAGUCAAUUUAACCCAGCAUCAGGUUGAAACAAAUAAUAUUUUGUUUUUCUAAAAUUAAAGUAGAUGAAACAUAACUUUCUCACCAGUACGGUGAAGUACUGGUGAGAAUAACUUUUUGAUGGAUGUUGAAACGUCAACCGUUUUUGGAGUUUAUUGAUUUUCAGUUACAAUACUAAGAAACCUGUUGCAGAUUUUGUAGCAAAAAUGGUCAUGAGAGUCCCGACAAAUGGUUGGAAGUGGGGCAGUACCAUGUGUUUGUUUGCGUUGCUAACCAGUACGGAAUGUAACCUAGCAUAAGAGGGACUGUAAAAAAAGGCUAGCACAGAUAAAUGACAAAAUGUUGUUACAACUGACAAGCGAGUACAGUAGAUCGUGACAAGGCAUACAGGAUGCGGAUGAUUUCAAGUAUUAACUCGGUGCCUGGAGCCAAUGGACCAUGUACCGACAACCGACCAGCAGUCGACUUCGGAAACAGCUCUUUCUUCAUUGACUAAAUAUCAAACAUUUGUAAUAAUUUUUUGUUUUCUAUUUGCAAAGUUUAAAAGAGGACAUGGACAUUGAAAAUGCCUUGAAACGCCUCCUAAGGUACCUUAUAAAGAUACGAAUUGACUCCCCAAGUGUUAGAUGCUUAUAUUCCUGUUGCCGAUUGGCCACACAUUAUUCUGCUUUGAACUUAAUAUCACUCUUACCUAUCUAUUUAUUUUCUAAUUUAUUUAUUUAUUUUUUACAGUUUUGUAGUUGUAUUCAUUUGCACUUUCAUUUCUUUGAUUAGUUUUUGCCUUUGUUACAAAUAUGCCAAAGCAUUUGACACUUUCUAGUUACCGAAUAUUUAUUUUUGUCUGCCACUUUAUUAUAAAAGAGACUACUAAUGCAUGCAAAAAAAGUACCAAUAGCUUAAUAAUGGAAUCUAUGCCAAUUUAUAUGAAUCUUUGGGAUAUUUUGCCAAACGUAGACUCUGUCUUGGGUAAUAUUUAAUUCAUAAACGAUAGAGCAAUAAUGCAUGAGGUUAUUUUUUGAAAAAACAAACAAAACAAACAAAAAACUGAAUCAUAACAAUAACUAAUAUACUAUCUUGUCAAGUACUAUCCUUCAUACAAUGACGAAAAAAUAACACAUUUCAGGGAGUUUAACCAAGUCUGAGUCAAAUGAAGGGGUUUUAAAUAAAAAAUGGGUUUACAGCCCUUACAUUCACGUGAGUUGUUACCUGUGACCUCUGGAAGAUUCCAUUUUGACUCUAUGAAUGAAUACCGUAGUAGUAGCUUUCACCUUAUUUUCAUAUUGUCACAUUGGCGGUGUUAAAAAAAGUGCAUCAAAUCAUCAGAUACUACGAAAGGAAGAAUGAAUAUUCACAAAAUAAUAGACUCCAUUCUCUUAAACUGUUGCUGUUUAGCAACUAUGGUGUGCAAAGAAAAAUGGUUGCUACCCAGAUACAGUUCUAGCUCUACCACUAGCGUUAGCGUUUAUUAGCGAUGACGGUCUCGAAAAACAAUUUCAAGCACAACUCUCUUCGAUGCAGGGCUCUGGGGUUGGUGGGACGGGGUCUUUUUGUACAUGGUUUAUGCACUGCCUGCCUCGUAUUUAUAUUAUCAUUAUUAUUAUUGAAUAUUGUAGAGCGUAGACAGUAUUAGCCUAGGGAGCUGGUGCUGAAACAUUAAGAAACAGAAACAAGCUAGCUUAAACAGGCGAUGCCAUUUUCCUGAAUCAAAGUAUUUUUAUUAUGGCAAAUGGCGUCCACUACAAUAUCAAUUGAUUGAGUAUGUUUACGCUAAUGAUUAUGUUUGCUAUUAAAAUUAAACUGUGAUGGUGAUGAUGAUGAUAAUUAUUUAUUUAAGUAUUUAUUUAUUUAUUGUUAUUAUUAGUUAUGAUUUAUUUAAUGAAUAUUAUUGUGGUUAUCUGAGAUAUAGGUUUCUUGUUCAUGACGCAACAGAGCAGUUAUAACCAUUUUGCAAGUUUCAACAAUGCAAUUAAGAAAAUCUCUAAGAAACUAGAAAUGAUUUGUGUCAGUGGCCCAAGGUGUUCAGGUCCACUGGGCUUCAGUCCAUGUUUCAGCGCCAGCAGUCCCCCGGACGAACAGUCUUACUUAUAGUUCUCCUACUCUGAUCUGUACCGUAGCGUAUUAUAGUCACAAGCUAGUUUACAUGCUGUUCUAUGAAAGCACUUCCUCUUCUGAAUUCUCUCUUUUAGAAGUUUCUUAUUUGGAAAUAGAAGCACAUUUAGAGUGAGACUUUUGACAUUGCCUUGUAGCGAGAAAUAUUCACCCCAGUACGAUUUUUUUUAAUUCAAAAGAAUAACAAAGGGUUGAAAUUACUAAAGCUGUAUUCUCAUGAAAUAAACAAAUGCAAAAAAGAAUCUUUAAAACUGAAGUUACCACAACUAACUGACAAUACACAACUGACAAGCUCACAGUGUCUGCUACAGACAUUUGUUUUUUUACAACGCAUGUUCAAAAGACGCAUAUCUGCUCCGGAACAUGCAGAGACUGUUUUGCAGCAAAAACAACAACAACAACAACAACAACAUUGUAAAUAAACUGGUGUGACUGGGUGUGGGGGAUGGGUUUGGGGUCGGAUCAUUUCAUUGGAACUGCCAAGAUUGAAACUAAUAAUGAUGAUGAUGAUGAUGAUGACGAUGAUAAUGAUGAUGAUGAUGACAACCUUGUGGACAAACGUUUGUCAGACUUCCUAUUUUUUUAUUCUUCUGCAGGGGUUUUUGUUUAUUUAUUUGUUUGGUUACUUCCGAGCGGUGGUGAAGAAAACCAUGUAAAGCACAAGAACGCUAGACAAUUUUUCGUCUCACUUCCUAAAUAAAGAGUAGCUUAAUCUAA